CUUUGCCUAGCAUUGCUUCCCCCAGGCUCCCAGAAAUCUCAGGUCAGAGGGCACAGACAGCCUCUGGAACUCUUUUCUGGUGGGACCAUGAACUGGCAGCAGCUGUGGCUGGGCUUCCUACUCCCCAUGACAGUCUCAGGUCGGGUCCUGGGGCUUGCAGAGAAGGAGAUGGCCGUGGAGUACCUGUUGCAAUAUGGGUACCUACAGAAGCCUCUAGAAGGAUCUAAUAACUUCAAGCCAGAAGAUAUCACCAAGGCUCUGAGAGCUUUUCAGGAAGCAUCUGAACUUCCAGUCUCAGGUCAGCUGGACGAUGCCACAAGGGCCCGCAUGAGGCAGCCUCGUUGUGGCCUAGAGGAUCCCUUCAACCAGAAGACCCUUAAAUACCUGUUGCUGGGCCGCUGGAGAAAGAAGCACUUGACUUUCCGCAUCUUGAACCUGCCCUCCACCCUUCCAUCCCACACAGCCCGGGCAGCCCUGCGUCAAGCCUUCCAGGACUGGAGCAAAGUGGCUCCCUUGACCUUCCGAGAGGUGCAGGCUGGUGGGGCUGACAUCCGCCUCUCCUUCCAUGGCCGCCAAAGCUUGUACUGUUCCAAUUCUUUUGAUGGGCCUGGGAGAGUCCUGGCCCAUGCCGACAUCCCAGAGCUGGGCAGUGUGCACUUCGAUGAAGAUGAGUUCUGGACUGAGGGGACCUACCGUGGGGUGAACCUGCGCAUCAUUGCAGCCCAUGAAGUGGGCCAUGCCCUGGGGCUGGGGCACUCCCGAUAUUCCCAGGCCCUCAUGGCCCCAGUCUACCAGGGCUACCAGCCCCACUUCAAGCUACACCCAGAUGAUGUGGCAGGGAUCCAGGCUCUCUAUGGCAAGAAGAGUCCAGUGAUAAGGGAUGAGGAAGAAGAGACAGAGCUGCCCACUGUGUCCCCAGUGCCCACAGAACCCAGUCCCAUGCCAGACCCCUGCAGUAGUGAACUGGAUGCCAUGAUGCUGGGGCCCCGUGGGAUGACCUAUGCUUUCAAGGGGGACUACGUGUGGACUGUAUCAGAUUCAGGACCCGGCCCCUUGUUCCGAGUGUCUGCCCUUUGGGAGGGGCUCCCUGGAAACCUGGAUGCUGCUGUCUAUUCGCCUCGAACACAAUGGAUUCACUUCUUUAAGGGAGACAAGGUGUGGCGCUACAUUAAUUUCAAGAUGUCUCCUGGCUUCCCCAAGAAGUUGAAUAGGGUAGAACCUAACUUGGAUGCAGCUUUCUAUUGGCCUCUCAACCAAAAGGUGUUCCUCUUUAAGGGCUCUGGGUACUGGCAGUGGGACGAGCUGGCCCGAACUGACUUCAGCAGCUACCCCAAACCAAUCAAGGGUUUGUUUACGGGAGUGCCAAACCAGCCUUCAGCUGCUAUGAGUUGGCAAGAUGGCCGAGUCUUCUUCUUCAAGGGCAAAGUCUACUGGCGCCUCAACCAGCAGCUUCGAGUAGAGAAAGGCUAUCCCAGAAAUAUUGCCCACAACUGGAUGCACUGUCGUCCCCAGACUGUAGACACUACCCCAUCAGGUGGGGAUACCACUCCUUCAGGUACGGGCACAACCUUGGAUACCACUCUCUCAGCCACAGAUACCACGUUUGAAUACUGACUGCUCACCCACAGACACAAUCUUAGACAUUACGCCCUCAGGCUCCACCACUCCCCUAACUCAGGUUUGGCCCCCAACUCCAUUUCCUGUCUGUCUUAGACAGCCCUUCCAACUGUGUCAUCUCUUCUCUGGAGGUCAAUGGUGGAGGCAGAUGCCUGGGUCCUGUUCUUCUUACAUAAAAUGCAAGAAAACAGCAUGGCCAGUAAACUGAGCAAGGGCCUUGGAAUCCUUGAGAAUCACAUUUACGUGCUUAUGGUUAUGGGCAAGCUAAUUAACCUUGUUGAACCUCAGAUUCCCCAUUUGCAACAUUAGGUU